AAGAAUUUCAAGACGAAAACACUGAAACUCAAUUAAGAUUCGAGGAAAGUACACAUAGUCACACACACUGUAAAAAGGAUUAAAAAGACACAAAGAAAAUGUAAUAUUGAACUGGAACGCACGCUAAAAAAAGUACAAUACAAAAUGUUUUACAGAGCCACUCAGCAUGCAAUGUUUCGAAAGAAGCGCUGCCCCCUCCAUCAGAUAUACAGCGAUUCACUGUACGGAAAAAGUCUCAAAAGUGUCCCCAAAACCUCUCGCUCCAUUGCCCCCAUAUCGUUCCAUCACCCCCCCUAAAAAAUGAAAUCGCAAUAUGGGGGGCAAUAUGGCCCAGCUUAAGAGCCACUGGACUAGACGACCUCCAAGGUCCCCUCCAGCUUUAAUCCGAUCGAAGGCCUCGCUUUCCGCCGUCUGAAUUUUGCUCGUCCCCCCCCCCGAAAACUCCUUGCCCGGAGUUGCGCCCUUCGCCUCGGGGAUCCCCUUUGCCAGCCGCGCCCAGAUGUCCGGGCGGAAAAGGGGGGGGCGUGGAGAGGCGGCGGGGCAGCCAAUCCGAGCGGCGGGGCCGGCCGUGGAAAACGGAGGCGAUCGGCGGGUGCCUGCCGCGUCCUGCAGCUGCGUCCAUGGCCGAGCAGGGGCGCGGGGGCUCCGGCUUUUCCCUGGCGCUCCUUCUGGGGCUGCUUCUGCUGGCGCUGCCCCGCGGCGGGGCGGGCGGCUCCCGGUCCCAAGUGGCCCCUUUGCGCUGCAACGUCAGCCUGGACAGCCCUCCCGAGCUCCGCUGGGGCCCGGUCGCCCGGCACUUCGAGCCGGUGUUCAUGCGCGCCGUGCUCAAUCGCAUCAUCGAUUCAGUGAUCCCCAAAUGGGUCCAUGCCAUUAUUCGACCUAUAGCAGAAGAAAUAGAGAAAUUCAUCCCCCAGCCUUAUGAAGGAGAAAUUCGGGGACUUUCCAAGUACUUCGGGGUUAACGUUGGUGAUGGGCUCCUGCUGAAUCUGGCCUACGAAUUCACUGCCUUCUGCACCAGUAUUGUUGCUCAAGACAAGCAAGGAAAUAUAUAUCAUGGUCGGAAUAUGGAUUAUGAUUUUGGAGAGUAUUUACGCAAGAUUACAAUUGAUGUGGAUUUUAUCGAGAAUGGGCAGGUAAAAUUCAAAGGCACUACGUUCUUCGGCUACGUCGGCUUAUGGACGGGGCAAAGUCCACACAAGUUUUCCAUCACUGGGAAUGAGCGAGAUGUUGGCUACUGGUGGGAGAACGCCAUAUCAGCCUUUUUGGCCCGAUACAGUCCAGCCAGCUGGCUUAUCAGAACUGUUCUAAGUGAAGCGGAAAACUUUGAAGAAGCUGCUCUGAUGCUCUCCAAGACACCCAUUAUAGCAGACGUUUAUUACAUCAUCGGAGGCACAGCACCCAGACAAGGAGCAAUCAUUACAAGAAAAAGAAGAGGCCCGGUAGAUAUUUGGCCCCUGGAACCUUUAACUGGGGCGUGGUACCGAGUGGAGACCAAUUAUGACCACUGGACAAACCCACCGCCUUACGAUGAUCGAAGGACUCCAGCUAUUAAAGCACUAAAUAGGACAGGACAAGAACAUCUCAAUCUUAAUUCCCUCUUUAAGGUGUUAUCAACAGAACCUGUAUUAAACCCGCUCACCAUUUAUACUACUUUGAUGAGUAACGCAGAUCCGGACAAGUAUCAGACUUGGAUCAGGACACUGGAGUGAAAAUGUGAAAUGAAGGAAUGAAAAUCUUUGAAAACGCAAAAGCAGGAGCUACGUUUAUUAACUGCAUAGGCAAAAUAACGAACUGAUGUAUAUAUAGUAUUCUCUUCAAACUACCAUCUUUAAAAGAAGAAAAAAGAACUUGCUGCCUUCAGGGCCUUAGGGCUUAGUGUGCAGGCAAUGGUUAUUGAAAUAAUAGACGUGGGAUAAGAGCCAGUUUCCCUUCUUUUAUUUGAUUAAACAUCAUGUCCUAUUGGCUAUUUUAGCCCAUCAGUACAAAAACCAGAUUUCCCUGUUGCUGUAUGACAUGGCUAUGUCCUGAUUAGAUGCACUUUAUUUGAUAUUCCUGAGAAACCAUAAGAUAUGUGUGGUUUACAUCAGGACUUAGAUGGAUUAUCUUAGAUCUACGUAUUUGGCCAACGGCCAGAUACACACAUAGAUAUUUAUGGUGACUCUAUUCUCCUACGGAAAACCCUAGAAAAAUGAGUUUGGACAGCUGUUAAGUUCCAAGAUGGACAAAGAGCUCUCUGCAUACCCAGCUUUUGCAGAAUGUAUCUUAAAAUGGGGGGGGGGGUCUGUAGUUUCUCUCUGAGUUUGGUUGUUUUCUUGCAGACGUUUCAUUAUCCAACUAGGUAACAUCAUCAGUGCUAGAAGAGGUUUGCUCUCUGUUUAUAUACAAGAAAACAAUGGAGCUCAGAGAGCAGCAAGGACCCCACAGUUCAAUUGUGAACUAUAAAUAUUUUCUUCUGUUGGUAUUUCAAAGUAUAGCACAGAGUUGUCUAAUCUUUCCGAGCUCGCGGCCCGGAGGGGAGAGCACCUUCCAAAUUACUGUGUGCACGCAAAUGGGGCCGCGCCCACUGGCACAGUACUAGCGGUUGCGUUCGUGCAUGCGCUGGCGACGUGUGCGUGCGUGAACAGCCGUGCACCCCCUGCGGCGGCUAGCGCCCGUUUGCACAUGCACAAAUAGGCUGCGGGCACACACACACACACUAGCACCCCGUUCAUGCAUGCACAAACAAGGCGCACCGCCCCCCCCCGCGCUAGCAUCCCCAUUCGCAGGGCCGUGGGCGCUAGCGCAAGUGGGGAAUGCACGCCCACGAGUGUGUGCCUUGGCCAGCCAUUUCUGCGGGCCGCUGGCCAAGAGCCCGCAGCCUGGUACCAGGCUGUGGCCCAUAGGUUGGGGACCCUUGGUAUAGGAGAUAGGCAAAGAAAAUUCUGUCCUUCUAGAUUAGAAGAAUGGGGUCUUGCCGUCCCUUUUUCAAGUGUCAACUACAAAUACACUGCUAUGUUUCCUGUAAUUAUUUUAAAUAAUAAUAAUUAAAAUUUUAAGAUCCUUUCCUGCUAGUAGUUUUAGUGUCGCAAAAGCAUCAGGAUUUAUACUUUGAAAUGUCGUUUAUCUUUAAAUGUAAGCCUCAGGCCAUGUUUUAAAACCUGCCAAAACCUUUUUUUUUUUCCUUAUUCUUUGUGUCUAUCAUCACAAAUACUUAAUGAUAGGGCUGAAAAUAAAUUGACUUGGAAAAGGGCGACGUCUUGCCUGUUUUUUGUUUUUUUUUCUUUCUUUCUGGAAAGAAAGUUCUAAUGCUGGGGAAGAUGGAAGGAACGGGAAGAGGACAAUCAGCAGCAAAGUGUGGCUACCUUCAGAAAAACGGAAUCAUACUGACCUGACGUAAAAAUACAUUGAGUAGAGUCUAAUGCUGGAUAAAAACAUGUAAUAAAAUUAAUUAUAAAAGAUUAUUAAAAAGA